UUUUUGAAUGCAGCGCGCCACCGGCUUGCCGUAAAGUGUUUCGUUUUUUCUGCUUUCUGGUUAGCUUCAACUAACUUUAAGGUCGUUUAAAGUUGUUCCCGAGAAAGACAGCACAGUGGUUCCUGUUUCCGGGCAGAUCAGGAGCAUCGUUUCCAUCGGCUCACUUUCACCGGGUUUUGGGUCAGACAUCAUGGCGGCUCCCGCUCUGCUGGUUCUGUUCGGGAGUCAGACCGGAACCGCCCAGGACACGGCCCAGCGGGUCGGCCGGCAGGCCCAGAGGAGGCGGCUGAAGGUCCGAGUUCUGCCUCUGGACGGAUACAACGUGGCCGACCUGAUCUCAGAGUCUCUGGUUGUCUUCGUUUGCUCCACCACCGGUCAGGGAGACGCUCCAGACAACAUGAAGAACUUCUGGAGGUUCUUGUUCAGGAAGUCUCUGCCGGCCGGGUCGCUGAGCUGCCUGGACUGUGCGGUUCUGGGAUUGGGAGACUCAUCGUAUCCAAAGUUUAAUUUCGUGGCUAAGAAGCUCCAGAAGCGUCUGGUCCAGCUCGGGGCGGCCAUGUUGGUUCCGGUGGGUCUGGCGGACGACCAGCACGACCUGGGGCCGGACGCCGUGAUCGACCCGUGGCUCCAGUCGUUCUGGGAGAAGGUUCUGGUUCUGUACCCGGUUCUGUCCGAAGUGGAGCCGCUGAGGGACGAUGAACCACUGCCGCCGUCGUACACGCUCCACUUCCUGGAUGAGAAGACGGACCAGAACCCGGAGCGGACUGAGACCGUCCCGGAGCGGAACUGGACCGACCCAGACCGGCCCGUCCCCUCAGAAUCCAGUCCGUACCCGGCCCGGAUGCUGUCCAACCGCCGGGUCACCGACCCGACCCACUUCCAGGACGUUCGGCUGCUCGACUUCGACAUCAGCGGAUCCAACAUCCAGUUUUCAGCCGGAGACGUGGUUCUGAUCCGUCCCCAGAACUCAGAGGACGACGUCCAGCGGUUCUGCCAGCUGCUCCGGUUGGACCCGGACUCCAGAUUCACGCUGACGCCAAACGGCGACGCUCCAGGUAGAUCCGCUCCACAUAGAUCCGCUGCUGCAGGUUCUGGUGCUGAUCUGUGCGAUUCUGACCCAGUUCCGGCCCGGCUGCCUCGGCCCUGCUCGGUGCGCCGCCUGGUGGAGCGUUACCUGGACGUGGCGGCCGUUCCGCGCCGCUCCUUCUUCGAGCUGCUGGCUGCCGUGGCGACCUCUGACCUGGAGCGGGACAAGCUGCUGGAGUUCUGCUCGCCGGCGGGUCAGGACCAGCUGCAGGCGUACUGCAGCCGGCCGCGCCGCACCGCGCUGGAGGUUCUGGCAGACUUUCCUCUCACCACAGCAGAACUGGAACCGGACCGGCUGCUGGACCUGAUCCCAGAGAUCCAGCCGCGCUCCUUCUCCAUCGCCUCGUCUCUGAAGGUUCUGCCUGGCCGGCUGCAGGUUCUGCUGGCCGUGGUCCACUACAGAACCAAGCUGCACCGACCCAGAAUAGGGCUCUGCUCCAACUGGCUGGCCUCUCUGGACCCGGAACAAGGCGAGGUUCUGGUUCCGCUGUGGGUGAAGCGGGGCGGCCUGCGGUUCCCUCCGGACCGGGACACGCCCGUGGUUCUGGUGGGACCCGGAACCGGAGUGGCUCCCUUCAGAGCGGCGCUGCAGGAGAGGCUGUCUGAGGGAAAAACAGCCAGCGUUCUGUUCUUCGGCUGUCGCUCGGAGACCAAGGACUUCUACUUCCGCUCUGAGUGGGCGGCCAUGACGGCGGCCGGGAAGCUGCAGCUCUUCACCGCUUUCUCCAGGGACCAGGAGGAGAAGGUGUACGUUCAGCACCGUGUGAGGGAGAGGGCAGCGCUGCUCUGGGACCUGAUGAGCAACAAACAUGGCUGCUUCUACAUCGCCGGGAACGCCAAGCAGAUGCCGGCCGCCGUGCGCGACGCGCUGCAGUUCGCCUUCCAGCAGGAAGGGGGCGUGUCCGCCCAGGAGGCGGAGCAGAUGCUGGUCGCCAUGGAGAAGACGGGCCGCCUGCAGAACGAGACCUGGUCCUGACCCGAGCCCUGGUUCUGACCCGGAGCCUGUGGUUCCGGUUUGAGCAUCAAUAAAUCUGUUUGUCUCGUA